CACUCCCACUUUUCUUCCCAUCAACACAAACAAGCAUCAGUUCAGUGAGACAGUUCAUGAGAAUCGGCUCUGUUCUUUGAGUACCACAACUUCGCAAGUCCACUACUAGGAUCACAAGUCAGUAUCCUCACCAGCGGCGCAGCAAGAACAAGGAGGAGUAGAAGAGAUGGCUGCUCCGGCGAAGGCUUCGUGGAUGGUGGCCAUGAGUGUGGGCGCCGUGGAGGCCCUCAAGGACCAGGCUGGGCUUUGCCGCUGGAACUAUGCCCUGAGGUCCAUCCACCGGGCCGCCAAGGCCAACGUCCGCGGCGGCGCCUCGCAGGGCACCAAGCAGCUUCCGGCCUCCGCGUCCGCAGUGGCGGAGAGGAGGCGAGCGGAGAAGGCCGAGGACGGGCUGAGGACCGUGAUGUACCUCAGCUGCUGGGGCCCAAAUUAGGAGUACUAGUUGCUUAGGGUUGUUGUGUUCCUUGCAGCUUGUGCUUAUGUGACAACCCCAUGAUCGAUGUAAAUACAGCACGACGAUGAUGAUGAAAAUUUCGGCUAUGAUGAUGUUGAAAAUUUUGGCUAUGAGUUUAUAUCA